AUGGCCACUCAAAAAAUUUCUUACCCAGAAACUUUGAAGGCGUUGAGAAAAUGCUUCAGUGAGAGAGAGAUAUUACUCGAAUUGAUGAAAAAUUUGUCGGCAGGCAGUUCAGAGUUGAAGGAAGUAAGAACAUGUCUGUCUAUCGGUACUGGCUAUGGUGGCUACGACCUUGACUUCAUUCGCAUCUGUCUGCCCAAUCUUGAAAAUCUCAUCGUCGUGGAGAAAGAUGAGGACUGUUUGAGGGAACUUAAAAUUAAUUUGGACAAUCAAUUCAAAGAAAAAUUCGACGUCAUCAUCAUGAAGUGUAGCAUGGAAAGUUUCAUGGAAAUGUUUGAAAAGAAGGAUUACGACAAGCUGAUCGAUGUUCUGGAGGAAAAUAAUUCUGAAAAAAAUUUUGAUGAAAUCUUGAAACUUUUUGAGAAAAAAAUUGACAUCGUUCUGACAAUGCAUGUACUUUAUUUUUUAGACCCGGCGCAACGAAUGAAACUCUACAGGAUGUGCUUCGACCAAUGGAUGAACUCCGCCUUAGGAAGGUUCGUAACUGUGAACGUCAGUGGAGACGACAACGCAACAAAUAGGCUGCUUAGAGAACUGCAACUGAAAGAAUUUGUUAAUUCGGAAACCGUCAAAGAGGAACUAGAAGGCGAGGAAGUUUCAGUUCUAGAUGAACUCAGCUUUGAGUGUCCAAUGCAGAUGACUGAUAUAAAUAACCUCUACGAAGCAAUGAAAUUCUGCAUCGAAAGUCUUCAGAUGACAGAUUUUGUUGAAAAGAUCAAGAUGAUUGCACCUGACGGCUGGGCGUGCCACAAGGGGAGCCUGUGCGUCUGUGCCAAGAUAGACGGGGGUGCCUUGCAAAUCUAA